AUGUCAUACAACAGCGGUUAUGGAAACCAACAGGGCGGUGCGAACUCGUCGUACUACAACAGCGGCGGCCCUCAGAAUCAAGGUCAGAACCCAUAUGGCGGCCCACCGCCGUUGAACGCCCAGCAGCAUGGAGGCCCUCCUCCCAGCUACAACAACGGCCCCGGUUUCCAGGGCGGUAAUCACGGCCCGCCGCACCAUGGCGGACCUGGUGGUUCUGGGCAGGAUGGUGAGCGUGGCAUCCUGGGCGCGAUGGGCGGUGGUGCCGCCGGUGGGUUUGCGGGCCACAAGAUGGGCCACGGCAUUCUCGGUGCCAUCGGUGGAGCCGUUGCUGGUCACUUUGCCGAGGAGAAGGUCAAGGACUGGAGGGAUGACAGGAAGGAGGAGGAAGAGAGGCGCAAGAGGGAAGAGGAGGACAGGCGUAGGAGGGAGGACGAUGACAGACGCCGCAGGGAGGAGGACGACCGCCGCCGCCACGACAACAACAACAACAGGAGGGGCUGCUCUCCGCCCCGGGGCAACUAUGCCGGCAAUUUCUCGGGUUCGUCGCGUGACAUCAGCCUGGACGGCGCCCGCCUGCGGGCCGAGUGCCGCCGCGGCGACGGAGGCUACAACACCAGCGUUAUCGACCUGAACCGCUACCUCUCCAACGACAACGGCAACUUCCGCUGGGUCUCUGGCGGCGGCGGUGGCGGCGGCACCGCCACCGUGACGGUGCAGCAGGGGGAUACCCUGAGGGAGAUUGGCAGAAGGUUCGACUGCGACUUCCACGAGAUCGCCAGGAGGAACAACAUCCACAACGAGGACCUGAUCUACCCGGGUCAGGUGCUGCAGGUUCCGACCAAGGGUGGCUCGGGCGGCGGUGACGGCAACUUCUGGGAAUCUGCGCGUGAUGUCAGGCUUGUCGACGGUGGCAAGGUCCUCGAGGCAGAGCUUCGGUACUCGGGAGGAUGGAACAGGUCUCGCAUCUACCUGGAUGAGCACAUUGGAAACCGGAACGGCGAGCUGGUUCACUGUUAG